GUAGUCAACAUGUCUGACAAAAGCGACUUAAAAGCUGAGCUUGAGCGCAAAAAGCAGCGCUUAGCACAGAUAAGAGAAGAGAAGAAACGGAAGGAAGAAGAGAGGAAAAAGAAAGAGGCGGAUAUGCAGCAGAAGAAAGAACCUGUUCAAGAUGAUUCCGAUCUAGAUCGCAAACGCAGAGAGACGGAGGCUCUGCUGCAAAGCAUUGGUAUCUCACCGGAGCCCCCACUAGUCCCAACCCCUAUGUCUCCCUCCUCGAAAUCAGUGAGCACUCCCAGUGAAGCUGGAAGCCAAGACUCAGGUGAUCUGGGACCAUUAACAAG